GCCCACGACCCCUCAUCUCAGGUGCCCGGUUCCAACAUGUCGUCCGAGUCUCAGUCUCAGUCUCAACCUCCAUCGCAAAGCGUAGGACCUGAAUACCGGCCUGCCACGCAGAAACCGACAGCAACGGUUUCUACCCCUCUCCAGCAAGCCAAUGUCCAUAUCUUACCCCAGACACCGCAGCUGAUAGCGCUGCUAACGAUGAUACGUGAUCAUAAUACCGGCCGUGCAGACUUCAUCUUCUACAGCAACCGCAUCAUACGGCUUCUUGUUGAAGAGGGUCUCAAUCACCUACCCGUGGUUGAACAUGAGAUCACCACGCCCGUAGGUCGCACGUACUCUGGCGUCAAGUUUGAAGGCAAGAUUUGCGGUGUCAGCAUCAUGAGGGCUGGCGAAUCCAUGGAGCAGGGCCUUAGGGACUGCUGUAGGUCAGUAAGGAUCGGGAAGAUCUUGAUCCAGAGGGAUGAGGAGACGAGUAAGCCGAAGUUGUAUUAUGACAAGUUGCCUGAGGAUAUUUCGGAUCGAUGGGUGUUACUGCUGGACCCUAUGCUUGCUACUGGGGGUUCGGCGCUCAUGGCGAUUGAUGUGCUCAAAUCGAGGGGUGUACCAGAGGACCAUAUCCUCUUCCUCAAUCUCAUUGCGAGCCCGGAAGGUGCGAAGAACCUUGCCGAUCAAUUUCCUAAGGUCAGGGUGGUCACGGCAUUCGUUGAUCAGGGUCUGGAUGAGAAGAACUACAUUGUUCCUGGGCUGGGUGACUUUGGUGAUCGCUUCUACACCAUGUAAGCAUACAUACUCAAUUCAACGAUAAUGAGCAUUUAGUGGGGCGUGGGUUUGCUUCGGCUUGCUUUUGCAUAGAUUAGCACUAGGAUACUUGAUGAAUCAAUGUAUCAUAAAGGAGAUUUAGUGGAAGAGAGGUGG